AUGUUGGAGAAGGCGUGGGUUCAUCUGUCAAGAGUUGAUCCUGCUUAUGAGAAGGGUGCAUGGGACUUUGUCCAAGCUGUGUCUGCGGGUGAUGGAGCUGAUAAGUUCAUUAUCUGCCCUUGCACAGACUGUCGGAAUGUAGAUCGGCAUUCAGCUGCAGAUAUAGUCGAUCAUCUGGUUAGAAGGGGAAUGGAUGAGGUGUACAAGCAGCGUAAGGACUGGUAUCAUCAUGGAGAAGUAUACUCUGUGGCUGAAGGCGAGAUGAAAGAGAAGCAGUGGAAUGAAGAGAUUGUUGGGUUGUACAGAGCUGUUGAGAAUUUAGAUGAAGAGUUACCUACUGAACGUGACUUCUGUGAGAUGGCAGAGGGAGAAGACAUGAAAGAAGAUGAGUUCUUGGCAAAGAUUGCAGAUGCUGAAACCCCAUUAUAUCCAAGCUGCGCAAACCAUAGCAAGUUAUCAGCCAUUGUGUCAUUGUUUAGGCUGAAGACUAAGAAUGGCUGGUCUGACAAGAGCUUCGAUGAUCUACUUGAGACGUUGCCGGAGAUGUUACCAGAGGAUAACGUGUUGCAUACAUCACUGUACGAAGUUAAGAAGUUCUUGAAGUCUUUUGAUAUGGGUUAUGAGAAGAUUCAUGCGUGUGUUAAUGAUUGCUGCCUGUUCAGAAAGAAGUUGAAGAAGCUCGACAGUUGUCCUAAAUGUAAGGCCUCAAGAUGGAAGAUUAACCAGCACACUGGUGAGAUCAAGAAAGGUGUCCCACAGAAAGUAUUAAGAUACUUUCCAAUAAUCCCACGGCUAGAGAGGAUGUUUAGGUCUGAAGAAAUGGCCAGAAACCUAAGGUGGCAUUCUACUAACCAGAGCAGCGAUGGGAAACUAAGGCAUCCCGUAGAUUCUGUGACAUGGAAACAGAUGAAUGACAAGUAUCCCACAUUUGCCGCUGAGGAAAGGAAUAUACGGCUGGGACUCUCUACGGAUGGAUUUAAUCCUUUCAACAUGCAGAGCAGUAAGUACAGUUGUUGGCCUGUGCUGUUAGUUAACUACAAUUUGCCUCCUAACCUAUGUAUGAAGAAGGAGAAUAUCAUGCUAACACUGCUCAUUUCUGGUCCACAACAGCCUGGUAAUAGUAUUGAUGUCUACUUAGAGCCAUUAAUAGAGGAUUUAAAUCAGUUGUGGAGCAAAGGAGAGUCAACAUAUGAUGUUGUGAGUAACACUGCAUUUACAAUGAAGGCAAUGCUGCUCUGGACUAUUAGUGAUUUCCUAGCCUAUGGAAAUCUAGCUGGAUGCAAAGUGAAAGGAAAAAUGGGUUGUCCUGUGUGCGGGAAACACACUGAUAGUAUGUGGCUGAAGUUCUGUAGGAAGCAUGUGUAUAUGUCUCAUAGAAAGGGUCUCCCACCAACGCAUAGAUAUAGGUCGAAGAAGGCUUGGUUUGAUGGACACGCUGAACACGGGAGAAAGUCUAGGAUACUAUCUGGUCAUGACAUUUCCAAUAACCUGAAGCACUUUGUUAACAACUUUGGGAAUUUUAGAGAAGGUAGAACGAAGAGGAAAAGAACAGUGAGUGUUGAAGAAGACUGUGAUAUUGAGGACGUUUCCAGUGAAUCUGAGGAAGAGGAAGAAGAUGAAGUUGAUGAGGAGGAGUUGUCAAGAUGGAAAAAAAGAUCAAUCUUCUUUCAACUUCCUUAUUGGGAGGAACUACCCGUGAGGCAUAAUUUGGACGUAAUGCACAUUGAGCGAAAUGUGGCAAAGAGCAUUGUCUCAACGUUACUUCACUGUGGGAAUUCGAAGGAUGGUCUCAAUACACGUAAGGAUCUGGAACAUCUUGGUAUUAGAAAGGAUCUGCACCCGAGGGCCAAAGGGAAAAGGACUUACCUACCAGCAGCACCUUGGUCUUUGUCGAAGAGUGAGAAGAAAGUAUUCUGCAAGCGACUUUCUGAUUUUAAAGGACCUGAUGGAUAUUGUUCAAACAUAUCUAGGGGUGUUUCAGUAGAAGAGUGUAAGGUAUCAGGUCUCAAAUCACAUGAUUAUCAUGUGCUGAUGCAACAGUUACUCCCGGUUGCAGUUAGAGGAUUAUUACCUAAAGGCCCGAGACUAGCAAUAUUACGGAUGUGUGCAUUCUUCAACCGGUUAUGCCAGCGAGUAAUAGAUGUAGAGCAGAUUUCAAAAAUGGAAGCAGAAGUUGUGGAAACUCUCUGUAUGUUUGAGAGAUUUUUUCCUCCAAGCUUCUUCGACAUAAUGGUUCAUUUGACAGUUCAUCUUGGAAGGGAAGCUAAACUAUGUGGUCCAGUCCAUUUUCGCUGGAUGUAUCCAUUUGAGAGACACAUGAAGAUCCUGAAAGACUAUAUAAAAGUGGAUUCUGAAACACAUGGAGAGACUCUAAAAUGGUUGGCAUAUGGUCCAUGUAGUACUGCAAGGUCAUAUACAGGCUACAUAGUGAACGGACAACGCUUUCACACACACUCAGUUCAGAGGAUGAGCCAAAACAGUGGAGUAUUUUAUGAGGCUACUGCAAUGUGUAGAGCGAGUGCAAAAGACACUUCACAAGUCGCCGAUUUGGUAUCAUACUAUGGGAGAGUUACAAAGAUUAUCUUGUUGGACUAUAAUGUCUUUUACGUCCCUCUAUUCAGGUGUCAAUGGGCAGUACGAGGAAACGGAGUUAAGGUGGAAGAUGGGUACACACUUGUUAACUUGAAUCAGUCUCAAGUUUCCUUUAAUAGGGAUCCAUACAUAUUAGCUUCUCAGGCAAAACAAGUGUUUUACUCAAGGGAGGAUGAUACAUCCUGCUGGUAUGCUGUCCUAAGAGGUCCAUCAAGAAGAUACAAUGAAACAGAAGAAGAAGAUGUCAACAUAGAUAUUGGACCAUUGCCAUCAAUCAUUGAUAUGGAUGUUGAAAUAGAUGAAGCUCACAAUGCCCGAGUUGAUUGUGAAGGCAUAUAUGUGUGA